GGAGCGGGAGCGGGCCCGGGCCGGGCGCCGCCAGCAGCAGCAGCAGCAGCAGCAUGCAGGGUAAACGCAAAGCGCUGAAGUUAAAUUUUGCAAAUCCACCUUUCAAGUCCACAGCAAGAUUUACUCUAAAUACUUCUGGAGUUCCUUUCCAAAAUCCACACAUAGAGAGACUGAGAACACACAGCAUUGAAUCAUCAGGAAAAUUGAAGAUUUCCCCUGAGCAACAUUGGGAUUUUACAGCAGAGGACUUGAAAGACCUUGGAGAAAUUGGACGAGGCGCUUAUGGUUCUGUCAACAAAAUGGUCCACAAACCAAGUGGGCAAAUUAUGGCAGUUAAAAGAAUUCGGUCGACAGUGGAUGAAAAGGAACAGAAGCAGCUUCUGAUGGACCUUGAUGUAGUGAUGCGAAGCAGUGACUGCCCCUAUAUUGUUCAGUUUUAUGGCGCGCUCUUCAGAGAGGGUGACUGUUGGAUCUGUAUGGAGCUCAUGUCUACCUCGUUUGAUAAGUUUUACAAAUAUGUAUAUAGUGUAUUAGAUGAUGUUAUUCCAGAAGAAAUCUUAGGCAAAAUCACUUUAGCUACUGUGAAAGCACUAAACCACUUAAAAGAAAACUUGAAAAUCAUUCACAGAGACAUCAAACCUUCCAAUAUUCUUCUGGACAGAAAUGGAAAUAUUAAACUCUGUGACUUUGGCAUUAGUGGACAGCUCGUGGACUCCAUUGCCAAAACGCGGGAUGCAGGGUGCCGGCCAUACAUGGCGCCGGAAAGGAUAGACCCCAGCGCGUCCAGGCAAGGCUACGACGUGCGCUCAGACGUCUGGAGCUUGGGGAUUACAUUGUACGAGCUGGCCACGGGGCGAUUCCCCUACCCCAAGUGGAACAGUGUGUUUGACCAGUUGACACAGGUAGUGAAAGGAGACCCACCACAGCUGAGUAACUCAGAGGAAAGGGAGUUUUCCCCAAGUUUCAUCAACUUCGUCAACUUGUGCCUUACAAAGGACGAGUCCAAAAGGCCAAAGUACAAAGAGCUUCUGAAACAUCCCUUCAUCCUGAUGUAUGAGGAACGCACAGUGGAUGUUGCAUGCUAUGUUUGUAAAAUCCUGGAUCAAAUGCCAGCAACUCCCAGCUCUCCAAUGUAUGUGGAUUGAUACUGCUGCUACAUCAAACUCUAGAAAAAGGGCUGAGAGAAAACAAGCUGUAAAGAAUUUUCAUCACAUAUUGCAGUGUUUUUAAUGCUCGCCCAGACACCAUGUGCAAUAAUAUUGGUGUUAUUUCCAUCCUGUCUGUAUACUGUUGUCACAUAUAAAGUGCAUCCCUGUAAUACCUGAUCACACAGUGUUAGUGUUGGUCACAGAGAGACCUCAUCUUGCUCUUUUGUGGACAUAUUCAUGAAAUGUGGAGAUAAGUACAUUUAUUUGUUGACUGUGAUUGGAUAGCACCUAAAAUUCAUUUCUAGACUCAAAACUUGGAGACUCCUCAGCAGCUACUGGAAAGAUUUUUCUCUCAAACUCUUCCAAUUGUUGUUUCAAGUAAUAAUAAAAAGCAAACAAACAAAAUUUAGGCGUUGUCUGUCUGAACAUUAAGAGACUUUGCCUGGAGGGAGAAGAACUUGCUUAACCAACGAGAUGCUUUGCCUUCUGGAGCUGGAAAGGCAAAGGAGAAUUUUAUUCUUCACAAAGUGCAAUAGAUUUACUGCUAUGAAAUUCUGUUGCUUUACAGUCGCAGUGUACUUUCUGGGGACAGUGUGCUCAGCUGAACUUCCUGUUAAAGAGAGAUCAUGUUAAAUAUAGUGAAUAUGUCUUUACCAAAAAUAUGUUGCGUUGAAAGAGGCUAACAUUAAACUAUUGAGAUGGGAUAUAAUGUAUUCUUCCUCCUUUUACCAAGCCAGCCACUCUUCACUCUUAACUAGGUGUCCUGUAAAUUGUUACCUGGUAAGAUAAGACCUUUGACCUGAAGAAUUAUUAAACUACUUGAUUGA